AUGGUCGAUAUGGAGCGGAUAACCAGAGAAAAUAUGCAGCUGAAAUCUACCGUGAAGGAUUUACAGGAGCGCAUGGAGGUAUUGGAGCAACAGAGUAGAGUCAACAACUUGGAGAUCUGUGGUGUUCCCGAGAAGGCCAAUGAGAACGUUUCUCAUAUCAUUUCUAGGGUUGCAGAGGUUAUUGGUUGUCCCAUUAACUCAUCCGAUGUGGAUAGUUUUUACAGAGUCCCAACAUUUGACAUUUCUAGACCAAAGCCUAUCGUGGUUAAGUUCACAUCGAAACAGAAGCGGGAUGAUUUUCUCGGAGCAUCUAAGACCAAACGUCGUCAGUCUCUGCAACCUAACAAGGGCUUGAAGAUUGAGAAUAUCUCUGAUAAUUUAUAUAUUAAUGAACACUUGACUCCAAAAAACAAGAAACUUCUGAAAAAGACCAAAGAGGUCACACGCAGCAAAAACUAUAAGUUUGCUUGGACACGCAAUGGUUUCAUCUUCGUUAGAAAGGAUGAUAGGUCGAGGGUCGUUAGGGUCUCUAGUGAAGAGGAUCUAUCUAAGAUCGUAUAA